CGCGUGGGCCCGCCUCCUCGGAUAUAAAAGGGACGUAGCCGCCACUAGCUCUCUCAUUCGGUUACUUAUAUCGACUCGUUACUGUCGAGCAAAGUAACAAGUCUUUUUUUUGUAGGUUCAUCUUCAUAGCUAAUAUAAUUUGAAAAAUAUGCGUGAGUGUAUCAGUAUCCACGUUGGCCAGGCUGGUGUCCAGAUUGGCAAUGCCUGCUGGGAGCUGUACUGCUUGGAACAUGGCAUCCAGCCUGAUGGCCAAAUGCCCAGUGACAAGACCAUUGGAGGUGGAGAUGAUUCCUUCAACACUUUCUUCAGUGAGACAGGAGCAGGAAAGCAUGUUCCCCGAGCUGUGUUUGUAGACCUGGAACCAACCGUGAUAGAUGAGGUUCGUACUGGUACUUACCGCCAGCUCUUCCAUCCUGAGCAACUCAUUACUGGGAAAGAAGAUGCAGCCAAUAACUAUGCCCGUGGCCAUUACACAAUUGGCAAGGAGAUCAUUGACCUGGUUCUGGACAGAAUCCGCAAAUUGGCUGACCAAUGCACAGGUCUCCAGGGCUUCCUGGUCUUCCACAGCUUCGGUGGUGGCACUGGCUCUGGCUUUACAUCCUUGCUGAUGGAGCGCCUGUCAGUUGACUAUGGCAAGAAAUCCAAGCUUGAAUUCUCCAUCUACCCAGCUCCCCAAGUGUCAACAGCUGUAGUAGAGCCCUACAAUUCCAUCCUAACCACCCACACCACCCUGGAGCACUCAGAUUGUGCUUUCAUGGUUGACAAUGAAGCCAUCUAUGACAUCUGCCGCAGAAACCUUGACAUUGAGCGACCCACUUACACCAAUCUGAACCGCCUCAUUAGCCAGAUAGUGUCCUCCAUCACUGCCUCCCUCCGCUUUGAUGGUGCCCUGAAUGUUGAUCUGACAGAGUUCCAGACCAACUUGGUGCCAUAUCCCCGUAUCCACUUCCCAUUGGCCACCUAUGCCCCAGUUAUCUCUGCUGAGAAAGCAUACCAUGAGCAGCUUUCAGUAUCUGAGAUCACCAAUGCUUGCUUUGAGCCAGCUAACCAGAUGGUCAAAUGUGACCCUCGCCAUGGCAAGUACAUGGCCUGCUGCCUCCUUUAUCGUGGUGAUGUUGUGCCAAAAGAUGUCAAUGCAGCCAUUGCUACUAUCAAAACCAAACGUAGCAUUCAGUUUGUGGAUUGGUGUCCAACUGGUUUCAAGGUUGGCAUCAACUACCAGCCUCCCACUGUGGUCCCUGGAGGUGACCUGGCUAAAGUACAGCGUGCCGUGUGCAUGCUGAGCAACACCACAGCUAUUGCUGAAGCCUGGGCUCGCCUGGACCAUAAGUUUGAUCUGAUGUAUGCCAAGCGUGCCUUUGUUCAUUGGUAUGUUGGUGAGGGUAUGGAGGAAGGAGAAUUCUCAGAAGCUCGUGAAGAUAUGGCUGCUCUGGAGAAGGAUUAUGAAGAAGUGGGUGUUGAUUCAGUGGAGGGAGAAGGGGAAGAGGAAGGGGAAGAAUAUUAACUUCACAUUACUGUCAAUUCACAAAAGCAUGUUCUGAAGCUCUGGGCUUGGUUCAUUCCAGUGUUUGGCUAUUGAGUGAUGUUACACAACCAGGGUGUUAGAAAUGGUGCCAACUUGGUACUAUACUGUAGAAUACAGUGCCUUAAAAGUAUUCAACUCCCAAUCCUUUAUUCACAUUGAGUUUUACCAACAAGGAUUUUUAUCAGUUACUAAGAAUUAUUUAUGAAUUGCAUUCCUUUCACAGAGCCCAGAAAAUCAUGAAGUGAAAAGCUACAAAUUCAAAAAUGUUAGCUGUUCAAAAAUAGUUAUCUGAUUUGCUCAGUACUUAGCUGAACCAGCUCACAGCCAGUAGUCUUUGUGCAAAGCUAAUGGAGACUUACCCAAUGUGAUGGGGCAAGAUUUACCCCUUUGCAAAAUUGCACAAGGUGUGCCAGCUUAGUUGAGAAGUCAGUAGUUAGCAAUCUUGCUAGAGGUAUUCUUGAGGGUUCAGGUCAGGACUGAGUGGGUUACUGAAUGAUGGAUUUUCUUUUGAUCUGAGUAGGGUUUGUAAACUUGGCAUCAGUUCAAUGUAAUACAUAGUAUAGAAGAAAUAAAAUAUGAAUAAGUGAAUCAAUUAAAGUGUAUGUAUAAUUAAUAGAUUAAAAAUCAUGCAAAACAAAUAUAUAUUUUAAAAUGAGGUAGUGUUCAUGGGUUCAAUGUGCAUAUAGGAAUCAGAUGGUAGAGGGGAAGAAGCCGUUUCUGAAUCGCUGAGUGUGUGCCUUUUAUGCUCCUGUAUCUCCUACCUGAUGGUAACAGUGAGAAAGACAUGCCCUGGGUGCUGGGGGUCCUCAAUAAUGGAUGCUGCCUUUCUGAGACAUCGCUCCUUGAAGAUGUCUUGGGUACUUUGUAGGCUAAUGACCCAGAUGGAGCAGACUAAAUUUAUGACCCUGUGCAAUAGCCCUAGACUCGCAUAUCAGAAUCCUUUAUCGCUAAGUAUGAAGACACAUACAGGGAAUUUGAUGCCAGUUUCCCUGAACUCUCUGCACAGAAUUAAAAGCAGACAAAAACUAUAGUGCAAAGUCAUCAACUGAAUUGAAUGUACAGGUGGACUUGAUUUAUAAUGGACUAAAAUUCAAGUGUUCAUAAGACUGAUGGCAUACAGAAAGAAACUGUUCUUGUACCUAUUUGUCCUGGAAUACAGUGAUCUAAAGUGCCUACCAGAAGGAAGGAGUUGGAACAGGUGAUGUCCAGGGUGUGAUGGGUCUACAAUCAUGCUGCUUGCUUGCAUCCUGACUCUAGAUGCAUACAAGUCCUGGAUCGAGGGCAGCUUCACACCAAUAAUCCUUUCCGCAGCCCUGACGGUUCUUUGAAGUCUAUUCUUGUCUUGUUUGGUAGCUGAUCCAAACCAGACAGUGAUGGACAAACAGAACAGACUGGAUUAUUCCCAAAUAGAAUUGAAUCAGCAGCUCCUGAGACAGGUUGUACUUCCUGAGUUGAUGUAGGAAAUACAACCUCUGCUGAGCCUUUUUGUUAAGAGUGUCCACGUUGGGUGUCCACUUCAGGUCCUGGGAGAUUGACACCCAGAAAUCUGAAGGUUUCCACAGCAGACUACUGUUGAUAGUUAUUGGGGGGGGGGGGGGCUCCUCCUGAAGUCCACUGUCAUCUCCGCAGUCUUGAGUGUAUUUGGCUAAUUGAUGGAUCCUGUGAGGUGCAGUCAUUAGUGUAAAGGGAGAAGAGCAGUGGGGAGAGCACACAUCCCUGGGGGGCACCGGUACAGAUUGUCCAGGUGCUAGAGAUGAUGCUCCCCAGCCUCACUUGCUGCACCCUGUCAGUCGGGAAGCUUGUGAUCCACUGACAGAUGGUGGGGGGAGACAGUAAGCUGGGUGAGUUGGAGUGGAGGAUUUCUGGGAUGGUGUUAAACACUGAGCUGAAGUCAACAAACAGGACCCUCACAGAAGUUCCUGGGUUGUCUGUGUUGUAGAACGUAAUGUAGUACCAUGUUGAUGGCAUCAUCCACUGACCUAUUUACCUGAUAAGCAAACUGCAGGGGGCCCAUGAUGUCCUUCAGGUGAGCCAACACUAGUCUUUCAAAGGACUUCAUGACCACAGAUGUCAAAGCAACAGGCCUGUAGUUAUUUAGUCCCUUGAUAGUGGGUUUCAGAAUGCUCUCUUGGUACAUAUUUAAGUUUUUGUCAUACCAAAUCUCUUCAGACUCCUAAUGAAGUAUAGUCACUGUCUUGCCUUUAUCAGGUGCCAUUCCCCAGUUUGAGCUUAGACUGCCAUGGCCCCCACUCUCCUGUUUUGGGUCAAGUGGAUCUUGGCUGCUGUCUCCAUCACUGGUCUUUGCCUUCCUCUUGCUUUCUUCCCUUCAAUCUGUCAUGCAUUCUAACACUUUCCUAAUCACAUGCCCAAAGAAGUUGCAUUGCCUUUUCAUGAUAUUGUACAUUUUCUUUGUGCUUGCUGUUCAUGACAUCCUUGUUAGAUAUUCAUUGUCCAUGAUAUUCUAUGCAUCCUCAAACCACAUCCCUGCUGCUUCAAUUUAUUUGUUACUAGAUAUUGUCCAACAUGCUGAGCCAUAUAACAUACAUAACUGUAUAAUAUAACAUAACUGGAUAAAUGUAACAUUUCAGUACUGAGGCAGGUCAUGUCUAAUUUAGUGUUGGUUAGUAUACUCUUCAUUCUUGUAAAGGUGUCUUUUGCCAUCCCUAUUCUUUUGAUACCCAUGUUGCACCUGCCAUUUGAUGUUAUCCAGCUUCCUAAGUAGCAAAGGUCUGUACUUGUCUUCCCUGUUUAUUCACAGCCUGCAGAUAGGAUUCUGCUUUUGGAUAUCACCAUACAUUGUCUUUUUGCAAUUGAUACACCCAUUCUUGCACUUCAACUAUAUCAAUUAACUUUUGUAGUUUGUCCUCUGUACUUGCAAUUAACAGUAUCAUCUGCAUAUCAAAAUUGAUGUUUUCACUACCAACUUUGAUUCCCAGGAUGUCUUAUUUUUGUAAUUUCGCUUCACUCACAUUAAACAAAUCAGGGGAGAAAACACACCCUUGUCUAAUGCCUCUCAAUUUUUCGUAAAUUAACUUGCUUUUCACUCUUAUUACAGCAGCAGUUUGUUCCCAGUACAGAUUUCUGAUUAGGCGGAGGUCUUUCAAAUCUAGAUCUAGUUUCCUGUAAUUCAAAUAACUUAUUGUACUUUAUCAAAUGCUUGUAUCUUUUUGUACCUUUGUCUUUCACAAAACCACAUUGCCUUUAUUGUUGAAGUUAGGCCAUCAGAAAUCUUGACUCCCAGGAAUUUGAAACUGCUCAGUUUCCCAAUUUCUGAACCCUCUGAGAAUUGGUAUGUGUUCCUUUGUCUUACAAGUGCAAGGUGAUUGGUCACCACUAAUUGGUAUAUUUCAGAUUCUCCUAACAAUGGUUAAUCAGCAAAUUUUUUUUAGAUGGUAUUGGAGUUGUGCUGAGCUGCAGCCAUGGAUAUGGAGAGUAGAACAGUGAGUUAAGUGUGCAUCCAUGAGAUCCACUGGUGUUGAUUGUCAGUGAGGGGAUAUCACCAAUCCAUACAGAUUGUGGUCUUUCAGUUAGGAAAGCAGAGGGAGGCUUGGGCCCAGGUUCUGUAACUUGUCAAUCAGGAUUGUAGGAAUAAUGGUGUUAACAGCAUCCAGAAGUAGGUGGUUGAGAGCCAUUGAGAUUGCAUCUGCCUUUUGACCUAUUGUGGCUAUAGGGAAAUUGCAGGUCCUUCCUGAGGCAGGAGUUCAGUCUAGUCAUGACCAACCUCAAAGCAUUUCAUCACUCUAGAUGUGACUGCUACUGUCAUUAAGGCAGCUCACGUUAUUCUUGAGCACUGGUAUAAUUGUUGCUGCCUUGAGGGGAGGGGGACUAUUGCCAUAGCAGUGAGGUUGAAAAUGAUUUUGAAUACUCCACCUGUUGGUUAGUAUGAGGUAAGGCUCUUUAAAGAAGCUGUCCCCUUUCAGGACAAAGAUCCAAAGUACGCUGCCAGAUGAGCUUCCUAGUUUAAGCUUGCUGGCGGGGCAAACUGAUUUGCUCAAAUCCUAUUUCAAUUGAUUUGGAAAAUGACUAAAAUGUGAAAUAGUUGGGGGGGGGGCUGAAUAUUUUCUCAAGGCACUGUAUGUAAUCUUUAUGGUUGUCUUUGAUCUGUGAUCAUGUUUGCUUGUGUCUAUGCAUAACCAUGUCUGAUGCAAUAAAGGAGCUUAAAAGAACUA